ACUCCCAAAAAAAUCUUAUUAGGAAAGCUUUCUUAAGAUAGAUAAUAUAUAAGCUUGUCUUAUAUAUUUAGAAAACAUACAAAAAAGCCAAAAUGGAUUCACCCAAAAAUUCCAACAAAAUUAGUGACAUUGUAAGACUCAAACAAAUGCUCAAGAAAUGGAGGAAACAAGCUCACAACAACACCAGCAACACUAGCAACAACAACAACAACACCAGCAACAGCAACAAUGCUAAAAAGGGCUCCUUAAGUAGGAGCAAUAGUGUCAAAGGCAUUACCUUUCUAAAGAGAACCCUCUCUUUCACUGACCUCUCAGCCAACAACGGGGUUCCAAGCAACAACAACAACAGCAACAGCAAUGCUAAAAAAGGCAUCAGUUUUCUGAAGAGGACACUCUCGUUUACAGACCUCUCAGGCAGCAACAACAACAACAACGGUGGGGCGAUUUCGAGCAACGCGGCAGUCCCGAAAGGUUUCCUUGCUGUACAUGUCGGGGAGGAGAUGAAACGAUUCAUCAUACCAACAAACUAUUUGCGACACCAAGCAUUCAGCGUCUUACUGAAAGAAGCCGAAGACGAAUUCGGGUUUCAGCAGGAAGGUGUGCUCAGGAUUCCCUGUGAAGUUGAAGUUUUUGAGAGUAUGUUGAAGAUGGUUGAUGAAAAGAAUAAUGUACUUGCCAAACAAAGUCUUAAGUUUACCAGAAUCGAUGGGAAUGGGAUUGUAUGUGGAUCAAUAGAAAAUCAAAGCCUCUCUCAAUCUCACCAACCUCCAAGCCCAAUGUGCAGAUAAUUACUUACGUUUGAGUUAUCAAUAUGUAGUUUAACAGUGAGUACCAAAAAAAAGCAUGCAUGCAUGCUGGUUAUUAAAUAACGUAAUAUAUGUCAAAAACUCAUGUAAUUUGACGAGUUUUUGAGAUUAUAUUAAUGUAAUAGGGGUAGUUACUACUUACUUAUGUUAUGGCCGGCUUAUGAGUUAUCUUAACCGAAGCCACCAUGUGUUUUACUUUGAACUUCCAGCUUUUUGACUCAUGCAUUUUGAGUCCUCCAUAG